CCCUUGAAGCUUGAAGGCGCGCUGUCCCUUCCUGGAAUGGUUCUCAAUGUCUGAACGAGAAUUUCUUCGCGACGAAUACCAAGCUCCGACGACAGCUCAGCAAAAGCCAGCAUCUUGGGAUGCGCUGGAACUGCGAUAGUCACACCGGGUUGCGCACUAACAAUCACUGAUAGUGAGUCAAGACGGUGGGUCACUGCAGCGCGCGCUGGCACCGCUUUGCUGGGCUUGGACCGACGUAAUGCCAUCCCCACUUGCCUUACUCUCGACCCCUACAGCAUCGGUCGCGCCUUUCGUACGGUGAGGAGGGAUAGACAGGAAGUUGAGAUGAACUUGAGAUAGGGGCUUUAAUUUCAUUUCGAUGGGCUCAAUUCAUUGACAGCAGAAAUCGCCUGCUGAAUCUCGCGGGGCUGGGUGGCCAGCUGAGGUACGGCAAAGCAACUGGUUGCCAUGGGGCUCCUGGCAAUGACGAAGCUUAUCGGCUCGAGGGACGAUAACCGCCAAGUUGAUUGGAGCUGCGCCCUUGUCUGCAGGGUUCGCACAGAAAAUGCAGCCUCGCGCGCUCACUUGGGCAUAGUUUACAGCAUUUUCUGUAGACCGCCAAACGUUCUCGUGACCCCAACCUGCAAGGUACCAGUGGCGCAACCCAGAUCUGCCUGUUUCCCCGACCUCCGGGAACAGCUCAUUGCUGUUUCAGUUAUUAGCUAUCCUCCCCCAAGCUUAUUCCUCUUCCUCUCCUCCUUCCUCCAUCCAUCACCAUCUCUAAAUUGACUCUUCAUCACCAUACAUAUCUACAAUGAGGGUCGCUGCUUCGACAGUGCUCCUCGGAGUUGCCUCGGCGGCUUCGUUCCAGCAGCAAACACAGCAUGUUCUCUCGAGCGGCUACGAACGGGCCCAGGCUGGCAUGCAGCCGCUCGCCGAACAGUUCGUUGACGCUGCUGGCAAGCCCAUCGCCAACAUUGAGGAGGCCUUCCAUGGCAUGACCGCCGAGGUCAAGGCCCUCUGGGACGAGAUCAAGCUCCUCGUGCCAGAAAGUGCCUUCAACCACUCCAACUGGUUCACCAAGCCCAAGCCCGCCCGUCGCCGUCACGACUGGGAUCACGUCGUCAAGGGCGCCGAUGUCCAGAAGCUCUGGGUUCAGGGCGAGAGCGGUGAAGACCACCGCCAGGUGGAUGGCAAGCUUGCCGAUUUCAACCUCCGUGUCAAGGCUGUUGACCCAUCCAAGCUUGGCGUCGACAAGGUAAAGCAGUACAGCGGUUACUUGGAUGACGAGGCCAAUGACAAGCACUUGUUUUACUGGUUCUUCGAGUCCCGCAACGAUCCCAAGAACGACCCCGUGGUCCUCUGGCUCAACGGCGGUCCAGGCUGCUCUUCCCUCACUGGCUUGUUCCUCGAGCUCGGUCCUUCAUCGAUCGACAAGAAGCUCAAGGUUGUGAACAACGAGUUCAGCUGGAACAACAAUGCCAGCGUCAUCUUUCUUGACCAGCCCGUCAACGUCGGUUACUCGUACUCUGGCAACUCUGUGAGCAACACCAUUGCUGCUGGCAAGGAUGUCUACGCUCUCCUGUCCCUCUUCUUUCACCAGUUCCCCGAGUACGCCAAGCAAGACUUCCACAUUGCUGGCGAGUCCUAUGCUGGUCACUACAUUCCCGUCUUUGCCUCUGAGAUCCUGUCCCACAAGAACCGCAACAUCAACCUCAAGUCGAUCCUUAUCGGGAAUGGUUUGACCGACGGUCUUACUCAGUACGAGCACUACCGCCCUAUGGCUUGCGGCAAGGGUGGUUACCCCGCCGUUCUUGACGAGUCUGAGUGCCGCAGCAUGGACAAUGCUCUUCCCCGCUGCCAGUCCCUCAUCCAGAACUGCUACGACUCUGGUAGUGUCUGGAGUUGCGUUCCUGCUUCUAUUUACUGCAACAAUGCGCUCAUUGGCCCCUACCAGCGGACCGGCCAGAACGUUUAUGACAUCCGUGGCAAGUGUGAGGAUAGCAGCAACCUCUGCUAUAGCGCUCUUGGCUGGAUUAGCGACUAUCUCAACCAGCAAGAUGUCAUGGAUGCUCUUGGAGUUGAAGUCUCUGGCUACGAAAGCUGCAACUUUGACAUCAACCGCAACUUCUUGUUCCAAGGCGACUGGAUGCAGCCAUUCCAUCGCCUCGUCCCCAACAUCCUCAAGGAGAUCCCCGUUCUCAUCUAUGCCGGUGAUGCCGACUACAUCUGCAACUGGCUCGGUAACCAGGCCUGGACUGAGGCUCUUGAGUGGCCCGGCAAGAAGAACUUCAACAAGGCCUCUAUCAAGGACUUGAAGCUUGCUGGCGCCGAGAAGGAGUACGGCAAGGUCAAGGCCUCUGGCAACUUCACCUUCAUGCAGGUGUACCAGGCCGGCCACAUGGUUCCCAUGGACCAGCCCGAGAACUCUCUUGACUUCCUGAACCGGUGGUUGGGCGGUGAGUGGUUCGCGAAAUAAGUGGGAGGUACACAUACAUAAGGCAGCACAAACAACAGCGCAUUCCUAGCAUUGUUAGCAGGCUAGAUUGAUUGUUUGGGGGUUAGGAGCUUUUUGUCGAGCUUUUUAUCUUGGACAGUAACACACGGCGCAUUUCAGGGAGUAAUUCAUUGGGUUUGUGUUGUACACACUGUUUUUUCUCUUUUCCUUGUUUCUUUUGGACCAAGAAAUAGUAGUAAAUGAUAAAUGAUAGGUCGUACAUUGACUACCAGCUGAAUCUCUAUUGCCUCGUAUGGUGUUAUGUC